AAGGACAUUGCAUACAUGACGAACCUCGGCGCCGCAAAGUUCGAGAAGGGCGACUACCAGGGCUGCGUCGAGGCGUGCCAGCAGGCCAUCGAGUACGGUCGCGAGAUCUACGCAGACUUCAAGAUCAUCGCCAAGUACGUCCAGAACAAUUCGGAUCUUUACCUCCCUUACUAACUAUGAACAGGGCAUACGCCCGCAUCGGCACCGCCUACGAGAAAAUGAACGACCUCGCCAACGCAAUCACCUUCUACCAAAAAGCGCAAACCGAGCACCGCACCCCCGAAGUCCUCGCCAAACUGCGCGCCGCCG